GAAGCUUAUAUUCUUAAUGUAACUGCGAGAAUUAUCGAUGAGCGAACUACUUUAGUUUUAUUCGAAUCGCCCGCCGUUAAAACAGUACUUCAUUAUCAAUUCUUAUCAAGUUAUAUAAUGUAUUUUCAUGCUACAUCAUUGAUUGAGACGUCGCUACUGUCGUGUUUUUUCGCCAUCGUGUCUGUGAUUUUCUACAACCUAACAUGAGUUUCUCUUAUCUUUCUUAAAAACUAUCUUUUUUAACAUUUUCUUCACGUGUAAAUUACGCACGUAUGAUAAUAAACAACUGAUUACAAGUUUCAUUACUUUUUUUACUAAGGCAAAUACGUUUAAAACAGUUAACACAAAACUUGUUAUCAUCGUUAGCUAUUUCGUUAUUCUAUGGAAUAUUUAUAGUUUACUUUUAUGAAUCAUCACUUUUGACAAGUAUUCGAAAUGAGCAUUUCUGUGAUAUUUACGAAAUUUUCUAGUUUCACAGUAACAGUAGGAAAAAGAUGUUAUUCAAAAAUCGGUUUUGUUGGAUUGGGCAACAUGGGUGGUCAUAUGGCGAGAAAUUUGCUAAAGAAGGGUUACCAGCUCAUCGUUUGCGACGUGAAUAAAUCGGCGGUGACAAAUUUGGUGGAGGCGGGUGCUGGUUGUGCAUCAAAUGUGGCUGAAAUGUCGAAAGAAGCCGAAGUCGUCAUCUCGAUGUUACCUUCGAAUCAACAUGUCCUUGAUGUUUACACCGGCGAAAACGGAAUACUUAGUGCAGCGAGAGAGAACGUCUUAUUGAUCGAUAGUAGUACCGUGGAUCCAUCAGUGUCUCAAUCGGUUGCCUCGCAAGCUCGGGAACAUAAUUUGAGGUUUAUCGAUAGUCCCGUUUCGGGAGGUGUAAAUGCAGCUAAGGACGCCACUUUGACUUUCAUGGUGGGUGGCACGAAAACGGAUUUUAGCGAUGCGAAAUCCAUUCUCGAAAAUCUAGGAUCUAGAAUAGUAUAUUGCGGUGACGUAGGCAUGGGACAGGCAGCUAAGCUAUGCAACAAUAUGUUAUUAGCCAUUAGUAUGAUCGGCACCGCUGAGGCGUUCAAUCUUGGGCAAAAACUGGGCUUAGAUGCCAAAAUAUUGGCGGAUAUUGUAAAUUCUAGUUCAGGUAAAUGCUGGUCUUCCGAGCUUUACAAUCCGGUUCCAGGAAUAUUAUCGAAUGUUCCCAGUUCGAAGAAUUAUGAGGGCGGUUUCGGUACAACGUUAAUGGCCAAAGAUUUGGGAUUGGCGCAAUCCGCUGCAACCAGGACGCAAGCUCCGAUUCCUCUCGGUUCCUUAGCGCAUCAAAUUUAUAAAACAGUUAUUGCUCACGGAUUUUCAAAUAAGGAUUUCAGUGUAGUUUAUCAAUUUCUUAAAGGUGAAAAUUGAAAAUAUUUGACAAUUUAUAUUCAUAUUUAUUAAAAUAAUAUACUUUGUCUCUUCUUCAUCAAUAAAGGAAUUUUAUAUCUGGUAUUGUUUAUAAAA